AUGGCGGAGAGAAAUCUCUUGGCGGAUGCAUCGAGAAUCCUCGACAAAGCGAGGAACUCAAAGAUCAAGGGAAAUUGCACAGCAGUGUUGGCCGUCGGACUUCGAUCGCUCGGCUACGAUGCGACCAUUUGCAAGUCCCGAUGGGAUAAAAAUCCUUCUUUUCCGGUGGGGGAGCACGAGUACGUCGACGUGGUGGUCGGCGCUGACCGCCUCCUGGUGGACGCGGGCUUCCGGUCGGAGUUCGAGGUGUUCGUCGGCCAGCCCCACCGACUCCAGCAGAUCGUGGCCGUCGCCUCGGAGGCAGCCUGGCAGAGCCUGAAGAAGAACGGUCUCCACGUGUCGCCGUGGAGGCAGCACGAGUACAUGAGGACCAAGUGGUUCUCCGCUUACCAUCGUGCAGCCGCCGUGGAAGAAGCCGAAGCCAAGGACAACUCUGCCGAGGAAGCGACGACGACGGCAAUAGAGGUGGUGGGCUCGCCGUGGACGACGGUGCCAGCGAGGCCAAAGCCGGGGGAUAAGUUUCUCACCGGACUUGCUUUGGCCUUGCAAAAAAUAAAUACUUAA